AUGGGUCGUAAUGAAGAAAAAUCGAUGGCUGACGUCCAGCACAUCGAUGACAGUCAACCCGAAUGGAACCUCCGAGAUUUGCUGCCUGAUACCGGCAAGCCGUUGUGGAAGGAGCAUUAUUUCCUCCAUCUCGAUUUAGGAAUGAUCGCGCCAUAUCGAUCGUCAAUCACCAACGGCUAUGAGGGAUCGAUGCUAAACUGUCUGCAGUCUAUGAGCCUAUGGCACCACUUCUUCGGCUCUCCGAUGGGCACUCGACUAGGCUCCCUGUCGAACGGGGUAAUCUUCGGCCAGAUCCUGGCCUUUCCCAUUGCCCCGUGGCUAUGUGACCACACUGCGUCGCCGGUGAUCGUCAGCGAGCUUGCAUUUUCGACCCAUCGCUCUGUUCUGGUAGAGUACCACAAUAAUCUGUGUCUCGGCGUCUCCGUUGCACUAGCCUCCCCAAUGGAAGUAGCCGGACGCCGAAGAGUGUUUCUGUUCUCGACAGUGGGGAUGUUGACUUUUUACGUGAUCUGGACGAUGUUCUCAGCCAUCAACCAGGAACGGAACUUCAAUGAUAGUUCUCUCCGAAUCGGAGUUGUCGUCAUGAUCUUCUUCUACCAAUUUUCCUACCAUGCGGGUCUCAAUGGGCCGCCGUGGGUCUACGUUACUGGAGUCCUUCCUACUCAUCUUCGGGCCAAAGGCACGAACAUCAUGCAGAUCGCCCCUAUAUGUGUUUUGAUAUUUAAUGGAUAUGCCAAUCUCGUUGCGAUGGAUGCAAUCAGCUAG